CGUUCUCAACGAGCGCACCUUCUUCACACUUAGUACUACCAACCCGCAAAGAACACGCGCUACUUGACAGAUGAGCGUUCCGUCAACUGUUGAAACAGAGACAACAAUCGCAAUUCUUCCAAUGUCAGAGCAAUAUGACGUGAAACUGCUCGCAUAUAGCGAAAGAGUGGAUUUAGCCGUUCAAGCAAUGGAUCGGAACCCAACCAUUACCAUGAGAUGCGCCGCAUCAACCUUCAAAGUCAAACGAAAAUCCUUUCGUAACCGAUUCGUUCACAAACCUGCUAAGGCACUCAUAAAAUCCACCAUCAUCGCCCCGAACGACCCCGAACACCGCAACUUUCAUGCCUUACCUGUCGAACUGAUCUGCACAAUCCUCGACAAUCUUAAAUCUGCUCGAGACCUCGUUGCUGUAGGACAAACAAGUCAGACCUUGCGCCGCGUUGCGAUCGACCAUCUCUGCCAGAAUGCCUAUCGCUGCUACAAUGCUAUUUGCUGGGCCAUAAUAGCACGACGGAGAACGCUUCUCCGGUUACUCUUGCAAAAAGGCGCUGCUCUUGUUCACAAUGAAGGCCUUUGUAUGCACGCUGCUGCAAUUAUAGCAAGUAAAGGCGACGAAGUCAGCUUUAAAUUAUUCUUCGAUGCCAGAGGCAACAAGUGCGGAGCUAUGGGCUGCAUAAGUGGAGCAAUAUCUGAAGCGGUGCUCCGCGGCCGUGUACAUGUUGUAAAGCUUGCGCUUGACAUAUAUGCAGGCACGGGACUUGACUACACCAAACUCUAUUCGACAGCACUCGUAGAUGCGUCCUAUAGAGGACGAGACGAAAUAGUGAAGAUGCUCCUCAACGCGGGCAUACCCGCAAACGAAGCGGGUUAUCGUAUUGAAAGUGCUCUUCAUUUGGCUGCAGGCGAAGGCUAUGAGCAGAUUGUAAUGCUACUGCUUGAAGCUGGUGCUAAUGCAAAUGCAAUAGGAGGGCAUGGCGACAGCGCGCUCCAAAUGGCUUCGUCGGCAGGCCAUGACACUGUGGUGAGGCUGUUGCUGGAAGCUGGCGCCAGUACGAGUAGACAUCGCAGCUUGUUCUACGGCAGCGCACUUCAGAAGGCUUCAGAAAAUGGUCACGAGCGGGUGGUGGGACUAUUGAUCAGAGCCGGUGCUCGUGUCAAUACACCCGGUGGGCGUUCUGGCAACGCACUUGAAAGAGCUCGAAGGAACCGACACAUGAAUGUAGUCGAGCUGCUCCGAAGCGCUGGUGCGAGGGAAGAUAUGUUAGUGUAGACUACUAAUAUAUGGCGCAGAUUAGUGACGGUCAUAAGAUCAUGUAAUGUCAGUCCCUAUGUGCCGGGACGCACGGUGUAACGGGACACUUUUCUUUUCGGACGCUUGGUAUGUCCACAACACGCCUGCAAAUCGACUGUUUAA